AUGAGUUCGGCAUCAAUGGCAACAGCAGUUGGAAGUAGCGCUGUACCAAUGAGCACAGAAAAUAUCCAAUCGACGUUAUCAGCCUAUCAACAAGUAGCCUCACUGUUAAGCUAUCUGUACAACCCGUCCCUAUACGCUGCUCAACAACUGGGAACAUCCGCCGCUUCCGCGAAUCCCGCAUCGGCAGCCUCGUCCCUACAGACCCAAAUGACCGGUCUCCUCUCCAGCAUGUUUGCCAUGAGAAAUCAACAGCAGACACAGCAGCAGCAAACCACAACAUCUGAAACACCAACAGUAACCCAAGAAACUCCUGCUCCUGCCCACAGUCCACGUCCAUCAUCUUCACGACAAGAUCCUCAAGAGGUGUCUGAGGAGUUGGACACGACAGCUCCAGUUAAUGUAGAAAAGGCUCCAUCGACUUCUCAAUCUGAAGAAGUAGGUGUUGAGGGUAGCGCUAGUGUAGCCAUUGAGAAUACUGCCGGUGAUAGUGAUGUACUUGACCUCAGUAAGCCCGAAUGA